AUGAUGCGACCGCGCGACCCCCGCAUCCGGCAACGGAUCAACCAGAUCUCCCAUAAUCUCGAGUCCGCCAACGAAACAGCACAGGAAGGGCUUUACGCAUUCUCCCACAACUAUAUCUCCCCAUGCUUUGCAUCGAUUGGAAGCUGUGUCACCGCAUGCACAGCCCCUUGCCUGCCGAGCCGGGAAGACCACCUCAGGCGGAGACGACGCGGCCGAACCGAGGCUAACUUUGAUUUCUACGAUGAUUGGGAGAAUGAAGAAGAAGAGGACAGCUUACUUGGAUGGGGCAAUGGUGAGCUUGACAGGCUCCUUGCUGGUAGCGGCCUAGCGCGCGGAAAUGCGGAGCAACCGCGCCGACCGAGGAGGAUGAGCUAUGGGACUCGAAACACAAGGCGAAGGAGCACAGUACACAUUCCAGAUAAUCACGCCGACCCGACUGUUAUUCCAAGUUCGUCCUUUAUCGGGUUCCUUGAGCGCUUCCCGUGGAGGUUUGGCGCGCGCGGAGUCAAGUAUCGGCCUUCCGCUGCUGAUCUCCAAGAACAUCCGGGCACCCGGCGAUAUGCGCAUGAGGAUGAACCCUUGAUGGAAGCUAUGGACGAUGAGGCUCAGCUAUCUCCCACUCCGGCUGGGAGGAAUCGUAGUGCGACGCAAUCAUCCCGUGGGACAUCGAAUUCACUUAGUUCGCGCGGUGAUCUAUUCCCUAGUGACGAGGAGGAGGAUGCCGUACCCCUUGACGAUGAAUUCGCGUUUACCUUCACGCGUCGAGGGACGGGAUUGGAGUCAGAUGAUCAGUCUGGAGCAAAAUCUGAGUUGACAAAGUCUGGUUCUGCAUCUAGCCUGGGCGAUGCGUCGUCCAAAAAGGACAAACGGAAAAACAAACGCCGCACGAAGAGAUUCUCGAGCCCACCUGGCGCCAAGAUUGUUCAAUCGAUUGACACACCGUCGAUGACAGAUUUUAAAACAGAAGAUCAGCGGGCUGCACUGGAAGAAGAAGCGGCCAUUGAGAGUAGACGACUCGCCGCACAAGAGCUAGCUUUGAGUCGAGGUCUCGAUAUGAGAGCGGGUGAUAUGGUAGGAGAUAUUGCACAACCUCCUGUCCUCUCGAAGUCAAGCUGA